GAUUUCCACCUAAUGACCACUGACCAGGGCAGAGUUACCACGCAAAGGAUCGCAACUCGUAUCUGCUCGGUUUAAAGCGAAAACGGAUAUAUAAUACGACGAAUGGCGGUUUGACUGCGCACGCGAGAGAGAAAACCAAGCACUCGAGCACUUUUACGCGGGACGCGUUAAAGUUAUUUUAACAGCUUGGGAAGUUGCAGCUUUUUCUUAACCUUUUACGCGUGGAAGAAUGCCACAAGAUUCAAGUGCCUUGUUUACACAUUUCAUUAAGCUUUUCUGUUCUUGAACUUCUCGGAAUAUUUGCGCCAUCAGCUCGGAGAGAAGUUGCAUCCGUUGAGAGGAAACGGAUUUUAAACCAGCAGUAACGUUAACCUGAGUUUGUUCUUCUUUUAGAAAUAGCUACGCCUCCCUCGCGCUCCGUCGAUGACUCUCGACAACUUGAAACACUCCGCGAUACUCACAUCUUUGUUUAAAAUGGCUGACGAUAAUGAUUUAAUAGGUGCUACGGAGUUUAUUAAAGAUCGACUCUAUUUUGCAACAUUACGGAGUAAGCCGAAAAGCACCGCAAACACGCAUUACUUCAGCACGGAUGAGGAGUUUGUGUACGAAAACUUUUAUGCCGAUUUUGGACCCCUCAACCUCGCUAUGCUGUACAGAUACUGCUGUAAACUCAACAAAAAGCUCAAGUCGUUUACACUGACCAGAAAGAGGAUUGUGCACUACACCAGCUUCGACCAGCGCAAAAGGGCUAACGCUGCUGUGCUCAUUGGUGCUUAUGCUGUGAUUUACCUAAAGAAAACACCAGAGGAAGCCUAUAGAGCCCUUAUUUCCGGCUCCAAUGCCUCAUACCUUCCCUUCAGGGAUGCUUCAUUUGGGAAUUGCACAUACAACCUGACAGUUCUCGACUGCUUGCAAGGCAUUAGGAAGGCCCUCCAGCACGGAUUCUUGAACUUCGAGACGUUCGACGUAAACGAGUACGAACAUUACGAGCGGGUCGAGAACGGAGAUCUGAACUGGAUCGUCCCGGGCAAACUUCUCGCUUUCAGCGGGCCGCAUCCGAAAAGUAAAAUAGAGAAUGGUUACCCUCUACAUGCCCCCGAGGCUUAUUUCCCAUAUUUCCGCAAGCACAACGUUACCAACAUAGUACGCCUCAACAAGAAGAUCUACGACGCCAAGCGCUUCACAGACGCCGGUUUCGACCAUUACGACCUGUUCUUUGUGGACGGCAGCACGCCCAGCGACGUCAUCACCCGCCGCUUCCUGCACGUCUGCGAGAGCACGGAUGGAGCGGUGGCCGUGCACUGCAAGGCGGGUUUAGGCCGGACGGGGACUCUGAUUGGCUGCUACCUGAUGAAGCACUACCGCUUCACGGCUGCUGAAGCCAUCGCUUGGAUCCGCAUCUGCAGACCCGGCUCUAUUAUUGGACCCCAGCAGCAUUACCUAGAAGAGAAGCAGGCGAGUCUCUGGGCGCAUGGAGAUAUUCACCGCUCCAAGCAGCGGCAGUAUGAGGACAGAUCUGUGCCUCACCUGAUCUCCAGUAUGGACAACCUCUCCAUCAACACCUCCAUCUUUAAAUCACAUAGCUUGGACCGUAUGGAGGAGAACUAUUAUGCAGAGAACAAUCUCGGUAUGACGCAAGGAGACAAACUGCGUGCCUUAAAGGGUCGACGGCAACCGAGGUCUGCGACCACCGGAGCCAUAAGACUCGAGGACAUGAAGAUACACACUAGGUCUUCAUCUCAGCCUCUCAGUCGAGUGAAAGCAGCAGCCGCUAGCCAGGGCUCCAUCUCCCCCCUCAAAUCCUCUAAAGUCCCACCAUCCUCCUCCGUCUCUGCCUCUGCCAAACGAAUUGGCCGCUCUUCAUCUUCAUCAACCAACCUCAAGAGUCCCUUCAGUCUGAGUAUGUUCAGUACUAAAGCCGCCACCUUCCGCUAACCCCCGUCCCAGGCUGCUGGCCUGGUUCCGACCCGUGACACCUUCACUGUAACCACCGAUUUGCUGACUUCUUGUAGUAAAAGAGGAACGAAGCUGAAAGGAAAUGCUUUGAGACUGAACUGUCAGCCUCAUGGUAUGAUACGUCCUGCUAUGACAGGGCUGAUCUGGAAUCAGCUGCAUGCUGUUAAAUGACACGAACUUGCUUUGGCCGUCCUUUCAAAAUGUCUUAUCUUUUUUCUUUUUUUUUUUUAAAGCGAUACUCUCCAUUUAUGAAUAUGCAUAGUUAAAUAUUUUUAGGUAAUGAAUUUUGUACUAUUUUUGUCCUAUUUUAUCUACAAUUCUUAAUGCUCGACGACAAGGUUUGUUGAUAUUUAUGCAUCUUUGGAUUAGGGAAUUUGUUCUGACGUAAAUAAUCACGUUUUUGUCUCCCGAGUGUACUUACUGAGUAACAUAUCAAGUGCGAGGGCUAUAUUUGAAAGAUGCAAAAUGGUUUUGCAUUAUUCAAAUAUAUGCAUUAUUAUUAAACUAAUACAGAUCUGAGCUCGCAUGCGUUUCAAGAGCAUCAAGGGCUGUUGAAAACACAACCGUCGACACUUCACUUUUUAAGAGUGUUGAUUUCACCAGCACAUCUGAUAUAUAACAUCUCAGAAUGUACGAAUGAGUUACAAGCUUUUGGCUGCUGUUUUUAACAUGCACCGUUUUUACAUAAAGUAGCUCAAACUGCUUAAAAUAUACAAUAAUGAAAACGAAUAUAAACAUAAUCGCAAACUCUAUUACAGUAGAUGAGCUUUUGUGUAUUCAAUGAUAAUGCAUAACAAAACCCUUUGUUAGUGCACAUAAUGAAUGUACAAACUAAUCCGAAAAAGGUUGUUCCGGUGUUUGUCUCGCAUUUGGUUAUUUUAGGAUGUUUACAAUCGAGCGCAAUUAUCGUACAAUUAUAUGACGCUUAUUACAGUGUUCUUAAAGGUGACCAGCAGGUUUUAAGCUAAAACCUUUCGAUUUUUUACUUCACAUAAAAAUUAAACACAGUCAGUCAGCCUCAUGUCAUAACAUACUUGACCUUAUUUCUUCUGUGAAACACAAAACAAGAUUUUGUGCGAUUCACUGAGCUCUGUUUAAGGACUGGGAUUGUUGAGCUUAAUAAUGAAAGCACCAUAAAAGUACGGCAAGUUGUCAAUUCUGUGAUAAGAUGUCUUCAAUUAUAAUUCUACAGAAUAAAAAAAAAAACUCAAAUUUCAUUAAAAAAA